AUGUCUCAAUCAUCAAAUUCAACAAUAAACACAACCAUGAACAUUUUCUCAGAUGUAUUGGCGAUUACAGCUGAUAAUAAAGGCAUUUCAACUGAAACAGAACGUGGAAAGAAAAGAGCUGCUUCUUCAUUGCCUGAAGGCCAGGUAAAACAGAUUAUGACUGACCAUCCUGGAUGCGGAGGACGAUUUCCAAACUCUACUUCAACAUCUGUCGAUCAAUUGAAAUUUGUCAGUGCAGCUGAGAUGGCUGCUAAGGCUUGUACAAACGUUCAAAUGAUCCCCGAAAUUUCUGAUGAAGAACUACUUGAAAUGGCUAUUAAAUUCGAAAAGGAACAUCCACAAUAA